GUUCCUCCCUCCCUCCCUCCCUCAUCCUCACACUGACCGUUGCUAUUUAUGCCACUCCCCCAGAGGCGGUGAAAGCAACGAGCGCCAGCCAGCGUCUCUCCCUGAGGCCGCGCGCAGCCAGUGCUUGCGCUCUCUGCUUCUCUCUCGCACCACUCCUUCCCCCCCUGUUCUGCUCUUCCCUUUGCGCGCCCAGGGAGGAAAGAUCUUGCUCUCGUCUCGCGGAAUGGCGGUGUCCCGGGCAAGGCUGGCCCGUGCGGCGGCGGCGGCGGUGCUGGGCUUCGUCGUGGCGGCGGUGUUAGCUGAAGCCGGGCCGGCGGACGUGGAGAUGGUGUUCCUGAAGAACGCGGUGGCCAAGGGAGCAGUGUGCUUGGAUGGGAGCCCCCCAGUCUACCACUUCUCUCCCGGCUCUGGUUCUGGCGCCAACAACUGGGUGGUUCACAUGGAGGGAGGAGGGUGGUGCAGGAAUCCUGAUGAGUGUGCGGUCCGGAAGGGCAACUUCAGGGGCUCCUCGAAGUUCAUGAGGCCACUCUCGUUUUCAGGGAUAUUAGGCGGCAGCCAAAAAUCCAACCCCGAUUUCUACAACUGGAAUAGAGUGAAGAUCAGAUACUGUGAUGGUUCAUCAUUUACUGGUGACGUUGAGGCCGUGGAAACUGCGAAGAAUCUCUACUACAGAGGUUUCAGAGUUUGGCGUGCCAUCAUCGAUGAUCUACUAACUGUGAGGGGGAUGAACAAGGCGCAAAAUGCCCUUCUUUCUGGAUGUUCAGCUGGAGGUCUAGCAGCAAUACUGCAUUGUGACAGAUUCCAUGAUCUGUUUCCAGCGACGACAAAGGUCAAGUGCUUUUCUGAUGCUGGAUAUUUUGUCGAUGGGAAGGAUAUCUCUGGCAAUUAUUAUGCCAGAUCAAUUUAUAAGAAUGUCGUGAAUCUACAUGGAUCAACCAAAAAUUUACCAGCUUCAUGUACCUCAAAGCAAUCACCUGAGCUGUGUAUGUUCCCACAGUAUGUAGUUCCAACAUUGCGCACACCACUGUUCAUACUUAAUGCAGCAUAUGAUUCAUGGCAGAUCAAGAACGUCCUAGCACCUAGUCCAGCUGAUCCUAAGAAGACCUGGGCCCAAUGCAAACUUGAUAUUAAGAACUGCUCCCCCAGCCAACUCGUAACCUUGCAAAAUUUUAGGACAGACUUUCUGGCAGCGCUUCCUAAACCUGCAGGGCAGUCUCCAUCUCUAGGCAUGUUCAUCGACUCAUGCAAUGCUCACUGCCAAUCUGGGGCCCAGGAUACAUGGCUGGCCGAUGGUUCUCCCUUGGUUAAUAAGACGCAAAUUGGCAAAGCGGUGGGAGACUGGUACUACGAUAGGGAGGUCUCCCGGAGGAUUGAUUGCCCGUAUCCCUGCAACCCAACUUGCAAGAACCGUGAGGAUGACUGAUGAAUGAACUGUUAAGUAGCUAAGUUAAUACAGAUGUGUCCUUUUUCGGGAAAAAAAUACUGCUCUGUCAUGCCAAUGAAACAAUAAGGGAAUAAGGGAUCACAGCACGCCCAUAGUAAUAGGUGGAAUACUAGAGGUGAUUUCUCUAUAGCCGAUUUCUUACCCAGUGCAUUAUGUGAUUUUGUGGAUGAUGAAUGUAAACACGGCCAAAAAGGCUUCAUGGAUGGCUGUUUGCCUCUUCUGAGGAUAAAUAAAGAGAAAAAAAAAGGUCUUGUAA